CGCUUCGACAUAGUCGUUGCGAAACUCCCAGCCUAGUUGUUGGCCACAGCCUGCCCUUUCUCAAUAUAGCCCAUCGUCACCAAAGGUUCAGCAAAAAUGAACGAGGCGGAGGUCGAGCGCCAAAUCGAGCAGAUGGUGCGGUUCAUCAAGCAGGAGGCGGACGAGAAAUCCAUGGAGAUUAAGCUCUCUGCGGAGGAGGAGUUCAACCUGGAGAAGCUGCAAUUGCUGGAGCAGGAGAAAGCGAAGAUUAGGAAGGAGUAUGAGCGCAAGGAGGGACAAGUCGAGGUGAAGAAGAAGAUUGAAUACUCCAAGCAGCUCAACGAGAUGCGGCUUAAGGUUCUAGCUGCGAAGGAGGCCUCUGUGCAGGAGAUUAUUGCGGAGGCGAAACUGAGCCUCCGUGACGUAUGUAAGAACACCACCUCUUACAGGAAGCUCCUGCAGGACCUCCUCGUGCAGGCGAUGAAGAAGCUGAACGAAAAGGCUGUCACUGUGUCCUGCCGGCAAGUGGACCUGCUGCUUGUGAAGGAGGUCCUUGAACCCGCCCGGAAGGCGUACACCGCCAUGUUCGGUGCGGAGGCCCCCGCUCUUACUCUGGACCAGACGAACUUUCUCCCGCCGCCGCCCGCGGAUGACGAUGACGUCGAGUCAUGCUGUGGUGGCGUCGUUCUGACUUCAGCGGAUGGACGCAUUAAGUGCAGCAAUACGCUGGAUGACCGCUUGAAGAUCGCGUACCAGGCCAACCUGCCAACCGUGCGUGCAAAGCUGUUCGGCGUUGUUGCGAAGGGCCAGCACUAGCGGUCCUGCCUGCUUGCUUUGGGGUUAUCGUUCCUCCGGUUGUGACGCAUUGCUGCGGGACGGAGCUUUGGUUUGCGGGGAGAAUCCAGCCUGUGUCUAUGUCACAGCCCCGAUAGAGGUUACGGCGCACUGUCGCCCGACGGCCUUUUUACAAUGCUGCAUGCUGUGAUAGCUGUUACUCUUGAGCUUUCCAGUAUGCCCACUUUGUCCAGGGGCAGGGACAGCAGUCUAAUGCUUUCAAUUGGCUGUGCUGUGUGCGGAUUGGCGAGGGCAUGGAGCUGACAUGGGUAACGGAGCCCUGGUCGUAUGGUGACCUCUCAAGGUGAUGAUGGUUAGGACAGUACACCAUGUCUAGGUGUGGAGCAUGCCCCAGCAGACUGGUAACCCCAAGCGUGCGCUUUUUCAAUUUUCCUUGGGGUUCUUAUUGUAAUGAGGACCCCUUUCUUGGCCCUUGCUUGUGCCGCGACCGGGGAUGUCCAGGAGGUCUUGCGGUUUAGUGUCUGGGAUAUCGGUAGUCAGGUUUCAUGGAUGGGGUGCUUCUGCUGGCAGGUCUGUAAUACGCGUUGUGGCUGCCGCACGAAAAAAAGUGUAAGUACCAGUGUUUUCCUCUUUCACGGUCGCGUGACCUGAAGUGAAUUAGAUCUUUGCGCUAGGGCUUGCGAUUGAAUCUUCCUCAAUUUUCCUUGCUUUCCGACGUCACAUUUUGUCAUAAGGCACUAUAUAAAACUAUUCGGGACUG